ACAAUUGCAGUUAGUCCAACUAGAGGAAUUCACCCACCUCGCAGCCAAAAAGAAAAAAAAAAAGUUUCUAUUUCUUAAUCUACAAUCUCCCUCACUGAAGAAUCUGAUCAGAGGGCCAAAUUGAGAUCUUUCUCAGUUUAUCUUUCGAGAAUUUUAGGAAAUGCUUACAUUUUUUAAGUUUUGGAGCAAAACAAGUGCUUUAAAAGCCACUUUGAAACUGCAAUUAUAGUGUGUCAUCUUUCUCUCUUCCAUCCAACGAUAUUUCAGAGUUCAUGUUGUGACUUGUGCAUAAGACUGUCAUGCUGAAUGUUGCUACCAGCCAGUGGGUUGGGGAUGAAUUCUGCGAUGGAUGAUAUGAACUUGAUUCAGCACGCACAGAGGCAUCACUUGGUGGUUAGGGAGAUUGGAGAAGAGAUCGAUUUAGAAAUUGGACCUGGGGAUGACGAUCCUUCGUUUUCUAACGCACCUCUUAUUGGUGGCCCAUCACGAGAACCUUCUGCUGAGGAUCAUGACGAGAGUAAGCAUAUAGUAAUGGUGUCUCAACUCCCUAACGAAGAUCAAGAUAUGUCGAAAACACAACCCGUAAAGAGGAAAAAGAAAGUUGUCAAAAGAUGGAGAGAGGAGUGGGCUGAUACCUACAAAUGGGCUUAUGUUGAUGUCAAGGAGGGGACAGCGAGGAUUUUUUGCUCCGUUUGUAGAGAGUAUGGUAGGAAGCAUAGAAGGAACCCUUAUGGAAAUGAGGGCAGCCGGAAUAUGCAGAUGAGUGCAUUGGAGGAGCACAACAAUAGCUUACUUCACAAAGAGGCUCUUCGGCUUCAAAUGGCCUCCAAGGAUAAGAUUAUUGUUGACAAACCCGUUUAUGUAAAAGCUCUUAUGUCGAAGACGGCUGGAUCUAUAGUCGAAGCUGCACUCAAAAGGGAUCCUCAUGAGCCUGAGUUUAUACAAUCAGUGCAAGUAGUAGUUCAUGCCCUAGAAAGGGUGAUUGCCAAAAAUUCUCAUUAUGUCAACAUCAUGGAGCGCUUGUUAGAACCUGAGCGUAUGAUUCUCUUUCGAGUUCCAUGGGUGGAUGAUAGAGGCGAGACACAUGUCAACCGAGGAUUUCGGGUACAAUUUAAUCAGGCCUUGGGUCCAUGUAGAGGUGGUAUGCGAUUUCAUCUAUCAAUGAACUUGAGUAUUGCAAAGUUCCUUGGAUUUAAGCAGACUUUAAAGAAUGCCUUAUCGCCAUACAAAAUAGGAGGGGCAGCUGGUGGAAGUGAUUUUGAUCCAAAAGGGAAAAGUGAUAAUGAGAUUAUGCGUUUUUGCCAAAGUUUCAUGAAUGAGAUCUAUCGCUAUUUGGGUCCUGACAAGGACCUUCCUUCUGAGGAAAUGGGCGUUGGCACUAGGGAAAUGGGAUAUCUUUUUGGACAAUAUAGACGGUUAGCAGGUCAUUAUCAGGGAAGUUUUACAGGGCCAAGGAUAUUUUGGUCUGGCUCUAGCCUUCGAACUGAAGCUACUGGAUAUGGGCUGGUAUUCUUUGCACAGCUCAUACUUGCAGACAUGAAUAAGGAACUCAAAGGAUUAAGAUGUGCCGUAAGCGGUUCUGGAAAAAUUGCAAUGCAUGUUCUGGAGAAGCUUAUUGCUUAUGGUGCUCUUCCUAUCACAGUGUCUGAUUCAAAAGGGUAUCUGGUAGAUGAGGACGGAUUCGAUUAUAUGAAAAUAUCUUUUCUGAGAGAUAUUAAAGCUCAACAGAGAAGUUUAAGAGACUAUUCAAAGACUUAUGCUCGGUCCAAGUAUUAUGAUGAAGCAAAGCCUUGGAAUGAGAGGUGUGAUGUUGCAUUUCCUUGUGCUUCACAGAAUGAAAUCGAUCAAUCUGAUGCCAUUAAUUUGGUUAAUUCAGGUUGUCGUAUAGUAGUAGAAGGUUCAAACAUGCCCUGCACUCCUGAAGCAGUUGAUGUUCUGCGAAAAGCAAAUGUCCUUAUUGCUCCUUCCAUGGCUGCCGGUGCUGGAGGGGUCGUUGCUGGAGAACUUGAGUUAAACCACGAGUGUAACUCGAUGAACUGGUCACCCGAGGACUUUGAAUCUAAGUUGCAGGAAGCAAUGAAGCAGACUUACCAGAGAGCUCUCAAAGCUGCGACUGAUUUUGGUUAUCAGAAAGAGAGCCCUGAGGCUUUGGAACACGGAGCUGUCAUCUCUGCUUUCCUAACUGUUGCACAAGCCAUGACUGAUCAAGGAUGUGUGUAGAAGAUGUUGUAAAACUACUUAAAUGGUAUUCAAAAGAUGGUUCCUCCUUCCCGAGAGACAAAUGUAUGGUGGUUGCAAGGUGCAGAUCAUUACCGGAAUUGUUCUGUAUGGAUUGGAGAUCCGUGCUACUAUGCUCAUCCGAGUUGAAGUCAUAGGAGCUUCCAUUGUAACAUAUGUGCAUCUUAAUGGCUUAUGCAUGGAAAAAGAGGAUAGCUCGCGGAGGAGAAAUUGAAAUAAACACAUUAUGCAGGAAAAUUUGUGUAGCGAUUAUACUCUUGUAGUCUUUGUAAUGGUUGCAGAAGUGCCUCCAAAAAAAUUAAUGGUCGGAAUUGUCUGUAUCUGUCCCAAUUGAGAUGCAAAAUGUGUUAAUCGUACUCUUGUCGACUAUU